UAUGAUACGAACAGCGAAGGGGAUAGAGGGAUUUCUCUUGACGUUCAUUCAUCUUUGUCCCCUCAUGCGGUUCCUGUUGUGUGACAUUUCUGCACUUCGCUGUUUGAUUCGAACUCAUUCAACACAGACUUUAUCCCCUCACAAAAUGUUUGUUCCUGGCCACUGGUGAAGUGUGUUAUCUGAAGUAAUCACAGGAGCAGGAAGUGAUGGAGCUCCUGAGGACUUUAACGCCACUGUUUACCGCCCAGAGGUUACCUGUCAGGUGUGUGCAGCUCAGAUUAAACUCCUCACAGAGGAGGAGAGAUGACUUCAGGGGACACAUGUCCUCUGGUCCCAACUUCCAGGACUUCAUCCGAGGACUUCCUCACUCUCAGAGAUCUGCAGAGGAACAUCUCACAGAGCCACAUGACUACCUGAGUGAAGAUCUGCACAUGGGGAACUCCAGGAAAGUAUAUUUCGAAACCUAUGGAUGUCAGAUGAAUGUCAGCGACACACAGAUCGCCUGGUCCAUCCUGCAGAAGAAGGGCUAUCAACGCACAGCUUCCUUAAAUGAGGCCGAUGUUGUUCUUCUGGUAACGUGCUCCAUAAGAGAAAAGGCUGAACAGACUAUUUGGAACCGCCUGCAGCAGCUCACGGCCAUGAAGAGGAAGCGAGUGAAGAGCCAGACGCCCAUGAAAAUCGGGAUCUUAGGCUGCAUGGCGGAGAGGCUGAAGACCGAGCUCCUGGAGCGGGAGAAGCUGGUGGACGUGCUCGCCGGGCCCGACGCGUACCGGGACCUCCCGCGCCUCCUGACGGUGGCCGACGGAGGCCAGCAGGCGAGCAACGUGCUGCUGUCGCUAGAGGAGACGUACGCCGACGUCAUGCCCGUGCACCACGCCCCCCGAGGAAACAGCGCCUUCGUCUCCAUCAUGCGAGGCUGCGACAACAUGUGCAGUUACUGCAUCGUCCCGUUCACUCGCGGCCGGGAGAGAAGUCGACCCGUCGGCUCGGUUCUGGAGGAGAUCCGAGUUCUCUCUGACCAGGGUGUGAAGGAGGUGACGCUGCUGGGUCAGAACGUGAACAGCUACCGGGACACGUCCCAGGAGAGCUUCUGCGACUCGGCGCCCACCAAGCUGAGCCGCGGCUUCAAGACCGUCUACCACUCGAAACGGGGCGGUCUGCGGUUCUCCGACCUGCUGGACCAGGUGUCGCGCAUCGACCCCGACAUGAGGAUCCGCUUCACCUCGCCUCACCCCAAAGAUUUUCCUGACGAGGUUCUGCAUCUGAUCGCGGAUCGGGCGAACAUCUGUAAGCAGAUCCACCUGCCCGCUCAGAGCGGAAGCAACCGGGUGCUGCAAGCAAUGCGUCGUGGAUACACCAGAGAGGCCUACCUGGACCUGGUCGACAACAUCAAGAAAAUCAUCCCAGAUGUGAGUCUGAGCAGCGACUUCAUCUCCGGUUUCUGUGGUGAAACGGAGGACGACCACCAGCAGACGCUCUCUCUGAUCCGAGCGGUGGGCUUCAACGUGGGAUUCCUCUUCGCCUACAGCAUGCGGAAGAAAACGCACGCCUUCCACCGGCUGAACGACGACGUGCCCGCCGAGGUGAAGCAGCGCCGCUUAGCCGAGUGCAUCGACGUCUUCAGAGAGGAAGCCCUGAAGGUCAACGCCGCGCUCGUCGGCAGCACGCAGCUCGUCCUGGUGGAGGGAGACAGUAAAAGAUCUGCCGAGGAUCUUUGUGGGCGGACCGACGGCAACAUGAAGGUGAUUUUCCCCAAAGAAGACGUUCCUGGUCGGAACGCCGAGUCCAGCAAGGCUCCCAUCAGCGCUGGAGACUACGUGCUGGUGCAGAUCUCUUCAGCCAGUUCCCAGAGCCUGAGAGGUCGAGCGCUCGGUCACAGCCGCCUGAGAGACGCCGUGCCCGGACUCAGACCUGGCGACCUCGUGACCCUGGGCACUGCCAUGACAGAAAACUCCUGAGAAAUGCUUGUUAUGUGAACCCUCCUCUUUUUAUUUAAAACUGUGCUGCUGUGAUGAGAAAUAAAAACAUUUAAUUUUGUGACUCUCAACAAAAUAUCACAAAUUUAUUGUAAUAUCAGCAUGAACGAUGUACACAUCGCCUCUUAAUAUAAGUCACAAGACUGGGCAAAUAUCUAUCAAAAAGCAGAACUUAAAGUCCACAAAAUACAGGAAGUCAUAAAAAUUUUAACUAAUGUUUGAUGGCUCCGAUUAUUCACUUCCUCUUGGUCACAGUUGAAAAAUCAGAACCACAACUACAAACGAAACAAAAACAAAAGUUAGCAAGCUGCCCUGUUUAUGAAAUGCUGCCGGUAGAAACUAAGACACAGACUUUAGAAUAUUAAUUAAAGA